CUGGACUAAGAGAUAACGAGAUCACGUGGGGUGGUUGCUUAACUUACUGUGUAACUACUACUGCGGGUCAGACUAACUAUGUAGAAUACAACACUAUUUUCUAAGUGAAGUACCCAGUGUGAAGCUAACAUCGGCGUCGUUUCAGCAGCUGAACAUGGCGAUGUUGUCCUUAUCGAAAUCCUCGUUGUUGUUAUUCAGCAAAAGGUUAUUCGGCCCGCAGCUGAAUGUCCUCUGUUCAUAUCACGAAAAGGUGGUGGAUCACUAUGAAAACCCAAGAAAUGUGGGCACCUUAGACAAAAACUCCAGGAAUGUGGGGACUGGAUUGGUGGGCGCACCUGCCUGUGGUGAUGUUAUGAAACUUCAGAUUGAGGUUGACGAAAAUGGAAAGAUUGUGGAUGCGAAAUUCAAGACAUUUGGCUGCGGAUCAGCCAUCGCCUCCAGUUCUCUAGCAACUGAGUGGGUGAAGGGGAAGUCGGUUGAUGAAGCUUUGAGGAUCAAGAACACAGAUAUUGCCAAAGAACUCUGCCUUCCUCCAGUCAAGCUUCAUUGCUCCAUGCUUGCAGAAGAUGCCAUAAAAGCAGCACUGUCAGACUACAGAUUAAAACAGGACAAGAAGGAGGAGCGUGUCAAAGCCAACAAUUAAUAUGUUAAUAUCAACUAUCCUCCCCCCAACUCGGUCAUAGGUUGCGCUGCCUCAUCGAUGUGUCAGCACAAGGGAGCUCAACUCUAUUCAGUCUUUGCUGUGAUUUUUCUAGACAGCAUAAAGAGGAUGCAUCAUAAAUCAAGAAUUAAGUUUGAGGUGUGUUUAUUUUUGUAUAUUUUUGGCACUGAGGUUUUAUUUGGCUUGAUAAUACAAAGUCAUUGGUCCUUGGUGGCGGAUUCAGUAUGAAAACCAGUCAACAGCUUAACAACAAUACAGAAUGUUUUAUGAGACUGUUGCCUUGUCUUAUGCUCAUUGUGAAUAAAAUGAUUUAAAACAGUCA